GCGCGACCGGCGCUCGUCGUAAAGCAGCGAAAAGUGGCGCAGGGAUUCACAUCAACAGACUGCGAUCAAUGGCGGCGCUUUAAAGUGUCCGGUGCCGUAUCACGCGACUUCUUCUUCUGUAGUAAUCACGUUUAACCGCUGACUGACGAAACCGAGCACGAGCUGCCGGUACCGCGGUACUGCUCUGUUUCUCCGCCGAUAUGCCGAGCAAGAAGAAGAAAUACAACUCCAGAUUCCCCCCGGCCAGGAUUAAGAAAAUCAUGCAGACAGAUGAAGAGAUCGGCAAAGUCGCUGCUGCAGUUCCAGUUAUUAUCUCUCGUGCUCUUGAGCUUUUCCUGGAGUCUCUGUUGACAAAAGCCUGUCAUGUCACCCAGUCACGCAAUGCCAAAACCAUGACAACAUCACACCUAAAGCAGUGUAUUGAGUUGGAGCAACAGUUUGACUUCCUGAAGGAUCUGGUCGCCGCGGUGCCCGACAUGCAGGGGGAGGGAGAGGAGAACCACACGGAGGGGGCUGAAAAGAUCCCACGCCGAGGUCGUAAGCCUGGCUCAGGGCGCAAGAAUGGUGGCACAAGAGCGAAGGGCAAAGACAAGAAACUGUCUGGAACUGAGUCAGAACAAGAGGAUGAGUCUGAUGACAGUGAGUCUGAUGUAGAAGAUGAAGAGCACACCAGCACUGGACUCUUUCACAGUCCAGAUAUGCCUCCUCAGUACAUGCCCAUCGGGGCACAGCCGGGUGUCCACGCCAUGCCCGUGACAUCGUUUGCCGCUCGCUCGUCACUGAUGGCGAUGGCCCCGCCCCCUCCCGCACCCCUGCCGCAGAAGAACGAAGACGACGAUGAAGAUUACGACUCUUAGCUUUAUCAGAAUUUUACAUUUAUUUUCUUCAGUUCUUUUGGCUGCGUCCGAUAAGAGGAAGUGUUAUUACAAACGAACAGUCGCGAAUAGCCCAGAGAAGUUUGUAGCUAUCGUGCAGCCACGUCACAGGAAGAUGAAUCGGUUCAAUAUUAGCUGUUUUAAUUUUUUUUAACUCUUAUUUUAUUGUCGAGGAACAGGUUCUUGUUGUUUUAUGGAAAUUGGCACCUCGUGAUUCCAGUCAAAAAACGUUUUGUAGAAUGAGGCGUGGUUUUGUAGAUUUACCCCGAUACUUUUUUGCACUUUUUUUUUUGUUUUUCCAUGUUUUCCUUCAAACCAUUGUUGGUUUCAUCCGUGUCACGUGAGAAAUCUCCCCGCUCUUUGUUUUUCACGUUAACUUAAACAAAACCUCCAGGAAUCGAGGGUCACUCAUAGGAGAGGUUUGCUUUCGUUUUAUUGGCAAAUGCGACAGAUGUGACCGAGGCGUCAUUGGUGGAUCUCUGAAUUGUUCUGCAAGAGAAAUGAAACGGGAUAUAGACUGUUUUGGUUUUGUGAAUAUAGUUUUGUUUUGUUUGUGUUUUUGUCUUUUUAAAGCUAGUUUUACGAUUCCAGGUUUUCUCUGGGCUCUCGGCAUCGAACUGUGCAAUUCUGCUCUCACUCAGUGGCACAAAACCCAAUUCAUAUUUCUUUGCCUUUCUUUUGUUUAUUGGAUAAAAAGUCUUUGUUUAUCAGAGGUUAAAUCUGUUUGACAGCGAGUUGUCCUGCUUUGUUAUGGAUGAGGACGUUUUAAAAGGUUUUUUUUUUUGUUCAAAAUCAUAAUUGCUCCAGGAUAUGAUGCACAUUUCUAUAAAUAAGUUUCCUCUUCUUUUAUAACUUUUAGACUCUUUUUAAUGUUUGUUGUGAAGUUAAGAGAAAUUCGACACAUGGCUUGCUCUUGUCUAAAUGUGUACAGUCAGGUUGUAUGUUCACUUUUAACAUUCUCUUGAUUUUGUACGAGUGAAAUAAAACUUGAGGUUUCAGUA